GCCAAAUUAAGCUAGUAUACUAGAUUUUAUCUGAUUUUCUUUUAUUCAUGCAAGGCUAAAUGUUUUGAGGUUGGCAACCCUGACAUUAAGCUACACUGUUGACGUUGCUUUUGUUGAUUUGUUUUUGGUUAUUUGGCAAGUUUGGUGUUAUUUCUUUAGUAUCUGCAUGUUUUAUUAAUUAAAGACAAAAAGUCUACUUAUAUAUAAUUUUAUUUUACCAUAUUAUAGUGUAAUGGUACAUGCAACGAUGGAAGGCGCAUUAUUUGAAUCCACACUUUACAUUGUCAAGGGCAUGUGCAUAUUAGACAAUGAAGGGAACAGAGUCAUAGCUAGAUAUUAUGAUAAAAAUGUUAUGCCAACAACCAAAGAACAGAAGGCAUUUGAGAAAAAUCUUUUCAAUAAGACACAUAGGGCGAAUGCAGAAAUCAUAAUGCUAGAAGGAUUAACGUGCGUAUACAAGAGUAAUCUCAACUUAUUCUUCUAUGUCAUGGGCAGCUCACAUGAAAAUGAGCUCAUUCUGCAGUCAGUGCUAACUGCUCUAUAUGAGUCUGUGAGCAUACUUCUUCGAAGAAACGUCGAUUGGCGGACCUUGAUUGACAACUUGGACGCUGUGAUGCUGGCCAUCGACGAGAUAUGCGAUGGAGGGGUGAUAUUAGAUGCGGAUCCGAUGUCUAUAGUAGGACGCGCCGCUCUCCGGACGGAAGAUGUACCACUUGGAGAACAAACCGUCGCGCAGGUACUACAGUCGGCAAAGGAACAACUAAAGUGGUCGCUGCUGAAAUAACAUUUACAACAAUAAUAAAUAAUGUAUUAUAAAAUAUAACAACAAAUGAUAUAAUUACAAAAAUAUUCUCAUACAAGAUAAAUAUAAAUUUGUCGCUAUAAUAGAUAUAUUUUAUUGUAUACAAUAUACAUAAGAAAAUACGCCUGAGUGCCUCCACUGUGGUACAUUUUUUUGUUCUUGUGACUUUAAUGACAAACAGCCUUACUGACAGUAAAUGGUAACUGUUACCCACAUACAAGAACAGCAUCACAAAGUGUUGUAACCUGUUAUUUUAAAUGUAUUUACUGUACAAUAGCGUUACAAACAAAUAAACAUCAGCGACAUUCGUGAUAAAUUAUAAGUUGCCAUUCCAGAAAACGAAAGAUACUAUGCAAUAAUUUACUGUUUCAAUAUUAUUAUAAUUUUGCUGUCAAUAAAAAAUAUUAUUAUUA